AUGUCUUUAGAUAUUUUCGAACGAGGUGUACAAGAUCCAUUUUCUGAAGCUUGUGAUAAUGAAGACGUCAAAGAUUUAUUAUCUGUCUCUACUGAAGAUAUAAAUCCUAACGUAGUAACUGCUAAUACUAGUCCAAUUUCAUCAUCUGAUUUUCAUGGGGAAUAUCGUCCAGUUGAAGAAAUACAAUAUCCUCAAAAAAGUUCAAGCUUUUACAUGGACAAUAAUAAUAAUAAUAUUAAUAACAAAAAUAGGAAUACUAGAAAUGGUAUCGGUUCCAGUUUAAGGAAGAUUAGAACAGCUCCUCAUAAAUUAGGGUCAUUGUCUCCUUUAAUGACUCAAGAACCAUUCCAUAAUUUACAAAAAGCUACUUGGGAAGAAGAACAAGAGAGACAAAAUGAAGAAUCUACUUCACCCUUAUGUUUCCCAUUAAGAAGAAAUAGGGCCAACAGUAGUUCUUUCAUCCAUCAUCUAUCAAGACAAUCAACAAAUACAAACUCAAAUAAUAAUUCAGGCAUAUUUGAAAGUCCUCAAUUCCUUAACAAACAAACUAAUAAUAAUACCAUAAAUUUUUCAAAUACAACAACUCCAACUAGAUGUAAUUCAGUUACUUCUAAACCUUUGUCAAGACAUUCAUCAUGUUUCGCUAUACCGACACAUAUUUAUGGUCUUGAGAAAUAUGUAUUAUCCGAAUUAGAUGCAUUAUCCACAGUUGGUUGUAACAAUAGUAAUAAUAAUAGCGGCAAUAAUGACAAUAAUAACAAUAAUAACAAUGACUGUAACAGUUGUUUAUGUGGUAGGGACUAUGAUGUACCUCCAACCAACUAUAAAUAUACUGGUACCAAACUCCAUGAUAACGGAAACAGUAAAAACCCGGAGAUGCUAUCAUUUAUGGAAGGCUUCACAUUUAAUAACCCAUCACCCACUUCAUCAUCGGGUUCCAGCAUUAAUCUGCCUGAACUAUCGCAAUCAAAUGCAAAUUCUAUCAACACAAGCCCAAGAACAAAUUUUAUUCGUCCUUCGCUUCAUAAUAGAAGGAAAUCCUCAAUCAGGCUAUCAUUAGAAAAUUCAUUCCAAUCGUAG